AUGUCUCUCAAAGGGAAAGUCGUCCUUGUCACAGGUAGCACGAAAGGUAUCGGCAAAGCCGUUAUCGAGCGUGUCGCAGCCGACGGCGCCAGUGUCGUCAUAAACUACUCCAGUGACGGCGCCCCAGCAGAUGAGAUGGUCAACAAGAUUGGAUCUGAUAGAGCGCUGGCCAUAAAAGCCGACGUAUCCAGUAUUCCUGAUAUUGAGAAGCUCAUCCAAGCAACGGUGGACAAGUUUGGCAAAAUUGACUGCGUCAUGGCCAACGCUGCUUGUGCCCCCAUGAACGAUCUCGAGAGCACGACAGAAGAAGCCUUCGACAAGUCUUUUAUGCUUAAUGUUAAAGGACCUUACUUUCUCGUUCAAAAAGCUGUACCUCACAUGCCACGCGACGGGCGCGUUAUUCUCGUCUCAACCGGCAUCUUGCACAACUCUAAUGUCGUGCCCCGCUACCUCCUCUACGCAGCCUCCAAGGGACCCAUUGAGCAGAUGACUCGAGUUAUGGCCAAGGAACUCGGAGCUAAACAUGGCAUCACCGUGAAUUGCAUUGCUCCUGGUCCUACCGCGACAGAGAUGUUCUUCCAGGGCAAAUCACAAGAGAUGAUUGACACGAUCGCUGGCCCAAACUACUUAACCAGAAUCCCAUCGCUGGCCGAACCCACUCUCUCAAGAGAACUGCCUAAGGGGUCAGAAUAUCGGCCGGAAACAAAUACACCACUGCUCAAGCUGCCACCCGACAUCAUGAUUCAGGUCUGGAAGAAUUGUCACAGUCAUAUCGACGUCAAGAACCUAUAUUCAACAUGCAAGACUCUAUACGAUAUGUUCAAGGCACUCGGAAAUAUCAAGCGAACCAAAGAAAUGAUCUGGCAUUGUAUCUAG